UACACAAAUAUUUGCUGUAAUUGUAAUCCAAUCGACCCAUGUUAAUGAUGUACUAUCCGCUAAUCAACGAUCAAUGCUACAUGCUUUGAGUACCCGGAGCGGGUUGCAGCUUGUAUAUAUCCGAAACAGACGUCGAUCAACACAUUACAAGCCCGGCGGAUUGGAUCUGAAGGUGUUGUGGAGGAAAAUAUAUCAGCUUCGCAAUGCAUACGAUGGAAGAUGAUGACGAUUCUCCGUUCGAAUGCGACAUUGAUUUGGCCCCACUCAUCAAGCGACCUCUGGAUGAUGUCGACAAGGAUCCCACAAAGUAUGGUGUGAAACGGAAAUGCACCCCUCGUCUCGUCGUCUGCCACGCAUUCUUGCUGCUGAUGGCACUGGCUCUGAUUUUCACGGGAUUGUUAUUCCUACCAUGGUUUGUGGAGCGAAUGUAUGGCUACGUUAUACAUCGCGUUUUCGUUUUGGAUCCUAAUUCACGCCUAUAUCCAGAGUGGCAACGCCCAACCCUACCUAUCUAUCAAAACGUUUACUUCUUUGACAUUCAAAAUCCGGAUGACCUAAUGAAUGGUCAAAGGCCAAAGAUCGUUGAGAAGGGACCAUAUUCAUACAGGAUGGAGUUAGCUCGAGACAACGUUAGUUUUCACGAUAACGAUACAGUGUCUUAUCUUCUUCGCUAUCGAUACUAUUUUGAUGAGGAACGUUCGGUGGGACCUGAGUCGGAUACUGUUACCGCCCUCAACUCACCGUUACUGACGACUGCUCACAUGAUGGAGAACUACCAAUUCCUGGUUCGUACUGCCAUCCGUGGUCUCCUCUACGAGCUCGACGAGCGACCCGUCGUCACGAAGACCGUCUCUGAGAUCAUGUGGGGAUACCAAGAACCGCUUCUUACCAUGGCCAAGCAGUUCCAGUCUGUUCCACCCGAGUUCGAGUCUGGCCAGUUUGGAUACUUUGUUGGGCUCAAUACGUCAUACGUUGGUCAAUUCAAUGUGUACACUGGACAAGAGAAUGAGAAUUUGGUCAACCUUAUUGACAGAGUAGAUGGUAGCAGUAACCUUAAUUUCUGGUGGUCAGAGGAAGCAAAUAGUGUCAAGAACAGCACAGAUGGUUCGAUGUAUCACCCGAAUGUACAAAAGACGGAGACUCUCUCGAUGUAUCAACCUCCUCUCUGCAGGUCUGUUUCGUUCGAGUUUGAGAAGGACUCCAGCUACAGAGGCAUUCCUCUCCUCAAAUUCAGUCUAUCGCCCUCUACGUACCAGAACGCUACAGCUUUCCCUCCAAAUGAGGGAUUUUGUAGCGGCCACCGAGAGCUGUGUGGGCCAUCGGGUGUUCUGCGACAAGACCCUUGUCGGUUUGGGAGCCCACUUGCGAUAUCGAAUCCACAUUUCUUUGGGGGUCAACAAACUUUGUUUGAUGACGUCGAUGGUUUGUCGCCAAAUGCAUCGCUUCACGAAAGCUACAUGGAAAUAGAACCGAAAACCGGUAUGCCCUUUGUGUUGAAGUUUCGAGUUCAGAUCAAUAUGUAUACACAUCCUGUGGAUGGAAUUGGAGAGACCGGGAGACUCCGAGAGAUGUACUUGCCACUACUAUGGAUUGAACAGAGCAUAGAAGCUGAUGAUCGGAUAGUCGGCGAGUUUAAGUUCGGCUUCGUGAGGUUAUGGAACCUCGUCGUCGGAGUCGAAUGGCUGUUGUUCGCCAUCGGAGUCAUCAUUCUACUCAUCCUACUGGUGAGGUCAGCGAGGAUCGCGGUGAUAUCCGAUGAUGUGGAGAAAGAUAAAGAGGACACAAAUGGAAACAAUAACUCGAUAAAUAGACGAGAGAAAACAACGAAGGAAAGAGAAGACAACUGUGCAAUGGCUUGAAAAUAACAAUGAUAAUGAUGAUAAUCUUGAUGAACACAACUGUCAUUGAGACAAAUUGAUGAAUAUUAUUAGUGAAGCCCGUCUCAUUCACAAUUAAUGCUCGAAGCGCAUCUUUAUUAUAAUAAUGAUAAUAUAGGGUAUUUAUUUUGCGCACAUAUCCACCUUGUUAGGUGCUCAAGGCGCUCCUAAAAAUCAAGUACAACCAUGUAGCAUAAUAUUUGAGGCCUUUACAGGAUAUCAUUUAAAAAAUUGAAAUAAUUGAAGCCACAUGGCAGAGGACAGAAUAUAAUGGUUUGUUUUACAGGACGUCGUGGCAUAAAGCUUAGCGAUCGAUAAUAGGGCUGAUUCCUACGAUUGAUUGUAAUGACUAUUGUGUAUGAUCAGUCGUAAAAUCACGAUCAAUCGCUGAGAUUUAUGAUACAGGGUCCAUAUUAUUCAUUUCAGAGGAAAGCAUGGGGAUUUGAGCAUGCAUGUGUUUGGAUGCUAAUAGGGUUAGCAUUAUACAGUUUUUAGGUAUUAAGUGAUCCAUCAAGUGUGUACAAGAAUCGAUUUAACUUUAUUACUGCUCGCACUAGAUCUGUAGAUAGAGACUAAAUCAUUACUUCGCCGUGUUCGUCGUGUAAAUUUAUGAAUAAUGAAUACUUAAUUCAAUGAAUGAAUAUAACAUUAUUUGAAUUGAUAAUAAUAAAUUCAUACUGAAAAUAAUACAAAUGUUUGCUCACUAAGUAUGACUUUACGAGGUAAAAUUUAAAGUUUUAUAAGUCAUCACGCUUUAUACAUGUUGACUCUU